CCAGCAGACCUUUCAAUGGAUGGAGGCCCGAUUGGCUGCCAUGCUCGGGGGUGUCAGAAGACAGCUCGCACUAAUGUUCAAGUUCUCCAAAAGUGAGGGUGAGCUGAUCUUUAGGCUGCCACUUCCUGUGGGCCCGUGGCUGAAGGUGAAGGAAGCAGGUGUGACUGAAGUUCUUCUGGAGGAGUUUUUCCUGAAGCCUCUACUGGCCUUGAACUCUCUGAGUCCUACAGCAGAGCUCUACCGGCUGAAGAGGAAGAUAAUGGACAGUCCCGUCAACUAUCAGGCAUUUCUAGUGGCAGAUGUCUAUUUGGUGUCAUUUGAUGGACAUUUGUUCAAACUCCCAGCAUCCUGUGACUUCAUCCUAGCAGCUGAUGUCAUCAAGCAAACCUUCAGCAUUGCACUCAAAUCUGUCAGGUUCAAACGUCGCUCGCUUGAGGUGCAAAUGCAAAACACGAUGAUUGCAAUUCACCCAAAUGGAGAGGUGGAAAUUAAUUGCCAAGUAACGCACAUACCAUACACUAACCACGAAGUGGUUAUCAGAAAGGAGGGGAACAUCAUUGAGGUGUCCAAUGAGAGAGGACUUCGGGUCUCAUGUGAUCAUCAUCUAGAGGUUUGCAGUGCGAUCCUAGAGGGAUGGCUUCACGGUGUGUCCACUGGUCUUUUAGGAACCAAUGAUAACGAGGCAGCUAACGAGCUUCUUCUGCCAGAUGGCUCUCACACACACAGCGUGCUUCAGUUCACUCACAGCUGGCAGGUUGAUUCGGAGUGUUCCUGCAGGAAAGCUGAAAUCUGCCAGAAUGGCACUGCCGACUCCCUGUCGUGCACAUUUCUGUUCUCCUCCACAAAUUCUCCUCUGAGCCCCUGUUUCAGAGUGGUGGACCCUGUGCAGUUCAUGCUGAAGUGUGAAGGAUUGGAGUGCACACGUGACGAGCGUGCAGAUGUUUCCAGACCAGACUUUUGCACACUGGCCUCUGCCUAUAUCCAUCUAUGCCAUAGAAACUAUGUUCCACUGGAGCUGCCAGUGCAGUGCGUGUAAAAGGUGUCCGGUUUACUGCAGAGAUGCUGUGGUUCCAGUCACAGGACAGGACGUGUCAGCUGACCUGUUUGAAAUAUAAACAGGGACAUGUGCAAAAUAAU